AUGGGCAACGCGGGGAGCGUGGACUCGCAGCAGACGGAGUUCAGGGCGCACAGCGUGCCCCUCAAGCUGCCCAUGCCCGAGCCCGGUGAGCUGGAGGAGCGCUUCGCCGUCGUCCUGAAUGCGAUGAACUUGCCGCCCGACAAAGCCCGGCUGCUGCGGCAGUACGACAACGAGAAGAAGUGGGAGCUCAUCUGUGACCAGGAAAGAUUUCAAGUGAAGAAUCCUCCACAUACAUACAUCCAGAAGUUGAAAGGCUAUCUGGACCCGGCUGUAACCAGGAAGAAAUUCAGAAGACGAGUCCAAGAGUCUACUCAAGUACUCAGAGAACUGGAAAUUUCUUUAAGAACAAAUCACAUUGGAUGGGUCAGGGAGUUCCUGAAUGAAGAAAACAAAGGCCUGGAUGUUCUGGUGGAGUACUUGUCGUUUGCACAGUAUGCAGUCACGUUUGACUUUGAAAGUUUGGAGAACAAUGUGGAAAACUCGAUGGACAAGUCCAAACCUUGGAGCCGAUCUAUUGAGGACCUGCACAGAGGCAGUAAUUUACCCUCGCCUGUUGGCAACAGCAUUUCCCGCUCUGGCAGACAUUCGACUUUACGGUAUAACACCUUGCCAAGCCGAAGAACACUAAAAAAUUCCAGAUUAGUGAGUAAAAAAGAUGAUGUUCAUGUCUGCAUCAUGUGUUUGCGGGCCAUAAUGAAUUACCAGUAUGGAUUCAAUAUGGUCAUGUCGCAUCCACAUGCCGUUAAUGAAAUUGCACUAAGUUUGAACAACAAGAAUCCCAGGACAAAGGCCCUUGUCUUAGAACUUUUAGCAGCUGUUUGCCUCGUCAGAGGAGGACAUGAAAUCAUUUUAUCCGCGUUCGAUAACUUUAAGGAGGUGUGUGGAGAGAAACAGCGCUUUGAGAAGCUGAUGGAGCACUUCCGAAAUGAAGACAACAAUAUAGACUUUAUGGUGGCCUGCAUGCAGUUCAUCAACAUCGUUGUCCACUCGGUGGAGGACAUGAACUUCAGAGUCCACCUGCAGUACGAAUUUACAAAGCUUGGCCUGGACGAGUACUUGGAUAAACUGAAACACACGGAGAGCGACAAACUGCAGGUGCAAAUUCAAGCUUACCUGGAUAACGUUUUUGAUGUGGGAGCUUUACUGGAGGAUGCUGAAACCAAGAAUGCAGCCCUGGAAAGAGUUGAAGAACUGGAAGAAAACAUUUCCCAUUUAUCUGAAAAACUCCAAGAUACGGAGAAUGAAGCCAUGGCGAAGAUUGUGGAACUGGAAAAACAACUUAUGCAAAGAAACAAAGAACUAGAUGUGAUUCGGGAAAUCUACAAAGAUGCAAAUACCCAGGUUCACACCUUGAGAAAAAUGGUGAAAGAAAAAGAAGAAGCCAUCCAGCGACAGUCAACGCUGGAGAAAAAGAUCCAUGAACUGGAGAAGCAGGGAACCAUUAAGAUCCAGAAGAAAGGUGAUGGUGACAUCUCUAUCCUUCCUGUUGCUCUGGCCUCUGGGAUGGUGCCGGCAGGCUCAGAGGCUGUGGCUGGCACAUGUGUCGCACCGGUUGCUGGAGCUGCAUCUUCAGUACCAUUGCCACCACCUCCGCCACCAUUACCUGCCUUAGCAGCGGCAUCUGAGGCAGUGCAAAACGGUCCUGUGUUGGUGCCGAUGCCACCUCCACCGCCACCUCCACCACCGCCUCCACCACCACCACCACCGCCUCCUCUCCCAGGUCCAUCUUUGGAGACGGCUCCUGCGGCUCCGCUGCCCCCACCGCCCCCGCCAUCGGCACCCCCCCUGCCCGGGACAGCCUCUCCCACCGUGGUGUUCAACUCAGGGCUUGCAGCUGUGAAAAUCAAGAAGCCGAUCAAGACCAAGUUCCGCAUGCCGGUGUUCAACUGGGUCGCUCUCAAACCCAACCAGAUCAAUGGGACGGUCUUCAACGAAAUAGAUGACGAAAGGAUCCUGGAGGAUUUAAAUGUGGAUGAAUUUGAAGAAAUAUUCAAAACAAAAGCCCAAGGUCCAGCCAUUGAUCUUACUUCAAGCAAGCAAAAGAUAACUCAGAAAGGGUCAAACAAAGUCACGUUACUGGAUGCCAACAGGGCCAAAAAUCUUGCCAUUACUUUAAGAAAAGCUGGAAAGACAGCAGAUGAAAUAUGCAAAGCUAUUCACGUGUUUGACCUAAAAACGUUGCCUGUGGAUUUUGUUGAAUGCCUCAUGCGGUUCCUGCCCACCGAGAAUGAAGUGAAAGUGCUGCGGCUCUACGAGCGGGAAAGGAAACCCAUCGAGAACCUGUCCGACGAAGACCGGUUCAUGAUGCAGUUCAGCAAGAUUGAGAGGCUGAUGCAGAAGAUGACCAUCAUGGCAUUUAUAGGCAACUUUGCAGAAAGCAUCCAGAUGCUGACCCCGCAACUUCACGCAAUAAUAGCUGCAUCUGUCUCAAUAAAGUCAUCCCAAAAGCUUAAGAAAAUACUGGAGAUAAUCUUGGCUCUUGGAAACUACAUGAACAGCAGUAAACGAGGAGCUGUGUAUGGAUUUAAGCUACAGAGUUUAGACCUGCUCCUAGAAACCAAGUCAACAGACCGAAAGCAGACCCUGCUGCACUAUAUUUCUAAUGUGGUCAAGGAGAAGUACCAGCACGUAUCCCUCUUCUACAACGAACUUCAUUACGUGGAGAAGGCUGCCGCAGUGUCUCUUGAAAACGUCCUCUUGGACGUGAAGGAGCUGCAGAGGGGCCUGGAUCUGACGAAGCGCGAGUACACCAUGCAUGACCACAACACGAUGCUGAAGGAGUUCAUUCAGAACAACGAAGGGAAGCUAAAGAAACUGCAGGACGAUGCCAAAAUAGCCCAGGAUGCCUUUGAUGAUGCUGUGAAGUACUUUGGGGAGAAUCCCAAGACGACACCCCCCUCGGUCUUUUUCCCAGUGUUUGUCCGGUUUGUGAAGGCCUACAAGCAAGCAGAAGAAGAGAAUGAGUUGAGAAAAAAGCAGGAACAGGCCUUAAUGGAAAAACUUAUGGAGCAAGAAGCAUUGAUGGAGCAGCAGGACCAAAAGUCUCCUUCACAUAAAACAAAGAGACAGCAGCAAGAGCUGAUUGCAGAGCUCAGACGGCGGCAAGUCAAGGAUAACAGGCAUGUGUACGAAGGGAAGGAUGGUGCUAUUGAAGAUAUUAUAACAGUGCUGAAGACUGUGCCCUUUACCGCUCGAACCGCCAAGCGGGGCUCUCGGUUUUUCUGCGAACCUGUUCUCACUGAGGAAUUCCAUUACUAAACUAUUCCUCUUUCACAUCUGAUGCUCUUAGAAAAAAGAAAGGUUGCUGUAGAUUUUUGACACUUCUCCAUUUGUACGGAUCUCAGCCAGGAUCAUGUGAAUGUUGAGUGUAUAGUAAUGUCCAGCGUCCACCUGAAAGUUGUAUUUAUGUCAUCUCUGUUGCAUGUUCUCGUGGUUCAGUAACUUUUUAUUCCAUCCCAUCGACUUUGCGCUUGAUGCUUUUGGCCAUCUUUGCGUUUCAAAGGCAUCUCUCGCCCUCCUGACAAAUGGCAUAGAACAGCAAGUGGUGGAAGUCACGGCAGAUUUGGUGCAGGUUUCAUACAGUUCACAAGACUUGGGAGACCAAAUGCAGUCAUAAAGUGACAGUUCACUUGCCUUUUCUAUGUCAUCUCUUCCGGCCUGCAGAUCGUUUCUCUGUAUGCCGAUCUGCCUAUGUAAAAUGCAUGUAAUACAUCAGCUGUAUGCCAAAGCAAAAUUACGGGCUGCAUGAACUAAGUGGGACUUCCUUGGGGUUUGCUUUCUGGCUUGGAAGGGUCGUCUGUAAUAACGUACGUCCUCUGCGAGGAGUGUUUUGUUUUAGACUUUUUAACCAGCACCUGCAUGUUUGUCUGCAUGUGAGAUACGGGAUAAAAUGAACAGCGUAAGAUCUUUUCUCAUUCGGUCACAUCCAUCUUUAACAUUUUUCAGUUCCAUGCCAACUUUAUCUAAGUGAAAUCAGAGAUGUUCACUGAGCACUAACCAGUUCCAAUUCACUUGGACUUUGUGCAGUGCUGGGGUUGGGCUCGGUAGCGGCAGCGGUG